AUGGUGGGGACAGGCUCAAAACCAAAGCCUGUUAGGCGCCUGAAAACGGGCACCGAAACCACAAAAAACCACCGAUUCGAGGGCUUUUCAUCACGGAUCACCAAGCUCAAAAUCGACCCGAUCCACCGCGUGCGCCGCGCCAGUUUCGGCGAAGAUGAAGACGAAACAUCUUCUUAUUUCCGAGCAGCCCUCGAUCACUGGUUCGAGAUGAACCUUUCAGACAACUUUACACAAUUCGUACGGCGUGUCAACCCUCUUUCCGAGAGCUUUGCGCAAGUUCUGUAUCAUGAAGAAAAGAUUAUGGGUCUAUUGGUGGAAUUCAUCGAGAAGAGAGACCAGCUCUCGAUGGAGCCGCUAUUGAGCUUGCUUGCGCAAUUCGCUCGGGAUCUGGGCGUCAAGUUCGAAAAACAUUUCGCUACGGCGGUGACACUGGUGUCGUCCGUUGCGGCAACACAUCCGGAUAUUGAGGUCGUUGAAUGGAGUUUUACCUGUCUUGCAUGGAUCUUCAAAUUCCUUUCUCGUCUGUUGGUACCGGACCUGCGACAGCUGCUGAGUAUCAUGACUCCAUAUCUCGGAAAAGAACGACAAAAGCCAUUUGUGGCGAGGUUCGCCGCUGAGUCGAUGUCGUUCCUUAUCAGAAAGGCCGGCCUUGUUUAUUACAAAAACAAAGCACCCCUCGAGACUGCCGUCUCAUUCCUCUUUGACGAUAUCUCGAAAGCCGCCGACGAUAACAAGGAUACUGAGAACUACAGGGAAGGUCUGAUGACGAUGUUCUCUGAUGCUAUCAGAGGAGUCAACAACGGGCUUCACUCCAAUGGCAUGGAUAUCCUCAAUUGUGUUCUAAGUCAGAUCCCGCCGACUAGUAAGAAUCACAAUGAUCCUGCAGAAGUUAUAUUUGGUCUGGUCGUCAGUCUUGUCCACGCCACGACUCCCGAUACCUUCGGACCCAUCCUCGACACGGCCAAGGCUUAUAUCGAAGAUCGCUCAAAAUCAACCCUGAAUCCCAACCUCUCAGAGUGCUGCCGUAUAAUAUUCUUGCUUGUGACAACUCGCAAGGGUGUCAGAAUCCAAAACUGGAAGAUCGUUCAUCAGAUCCACGUGUCCCUGCUUCAGCAGGUGUCGAAGUCUGAUGUAUCAUCAGCAACGAUAUCACAGAUCCUUACAAGCGUCGCAUACGCCUUUCAGAUGUCCCCCAUGGACGAGUUGCUACCUUUCCUUCGCCCUAUUAUGGACCUGGUGUCCACAGGCCCGCUUUCGAAAUAUUUCCUAUUCUUCUGCGCAACAUUCUCAGAGUGGGGAUCAGAGCGAUUCCAGAGCUUGCUUCUUUCGCCUUUCCAGAAGUUUAUCAACUCAUCAUGGCAAAAGUCAGAGUGGGAGACUUGUUUCACCCUGCUACGCCUGCAUGAGGCUGGAUGCAUCACCUCCGAGACCUCGCAACCUGGCUAUAUUUCCUGCCCAGAUGCCUUCAAAUCUCGCAUCACUGAUUCAUUGGAGUACCCCACAAAAGAUGAAGCAUUCUUGAAUGCGCUGGUGAAGCUCCCAGCCGCCAUCUCUUUGUUUGCAGAUUCUGCUACAAUGUCCAAGAUGGUUUCUAAGCUGCAUGGUAACCUCCUAUCAGCGUUCCAAGAUGGUGCAGCCGAAGGCAAUAACGCCCAGACGAAGGGCCUGGUGUUUUUCCUUGGUCAAGGAUUCAAGACAUAUGUCGAACUCGCUAACAAAGUUGGAGAGCUGGACUCGAGUCUCUUGAAACCGAUCAUCGCCACUGCUACAAAAUUCUCCCGCCUGCCAGUCUUUUUGGAGGGUGCCCUUGCUUUCAUAUCCUCUCUCCCAGAGUCCGCGGACCUUGAACAUCCCACCCUGGAAGACUUUGCCCAAGACUUAAUUGUGAAUCUGGCAAGCCCGUCGCACAGGCUGAGGCUGGUAUCUCUUCAGAUUCUACGGGAAUUAAUUGUUCGCAUUGCCAAAGACGACCCCUCUCCCGUGGAAUUGGCCAUCGAAGUCGAAGAAAGCCCGCUGACAAUGGACUCUGUGAGAACCAUCUCUAUGCAUAUCCGCAAACUUGCAAUUCUCUACCCCCAAAUUGCUCACCGCAGAUGGAUGGCCACCCUGGUCCCUUACUUUUGUUUCGGAUUGUUCUCCAAGAAGUUGGCCCCAUUGUGGGAUGACUCUGCUGCUGCAUUGAAAACUAUUAGUGAAAAUCCCCAGGGAGAGAAGAUCGUGUCCGAUUUGUCCAUCCAGUGGCUGUCAGAACGGGAUGCCGAAGCGCCCAGCGACGCUCCAACAGAAGACGAUGAAAGCUCUUUCGUCAAGAGCCACUUCAAGUGUUACAAUGUUGCGAAGGUCGAAAAAAUACUCGCCGCAAAUACCAAGAGCACAGAGGAUCCCUAUCAUGUCCUAUCUCAACAAUUCAAACAGGACCACACAGUCGCAGACAUCCUUCCCGCUUGUCCGCGAACCCAUGCACUUCGUGUCUUGAACGCUGCACCGGGCGUUGCUGAGAAACGCUCGCGCCAGAUUGUGCCAUUGUUCUUGUCCUGGGCAUUGCGUGAGGAUCAAGAUGACGCGCCCCCAACUGGCGAGGCGAAGAUCGAAGAUGCUGAGAUUGGUGAUGCUGAGACUGGUGAUGCGCAAGUGCGUUGGGGAUUCCGGGAUCGAUUGUCCAUGCUUGCUUUGUUCGCGCGGUUCCUCAACCCCAUUGUCUUGUUUAAAGCACCCGAGGUCCAUGCGGCAGUUCUGGGACUCCUCUGCCAUGGUAACUCCGACUUGCAGAAACAUGCGCUCAAAGUCCUUUUCACGUGGAAAGACCCAAAUGUGCGCCCAUAUCAGGAAAACUUACUUAAUCUCUUGGAUGAGGCCAGAUUCAAGGAUGAGCUUGCUGUGUUCGUGCAUGUCGGCGACGAAGAAAGUCUAAUUCAACAAGAGCACCGCGCUGUUCUCCUCCCCGUGGUCCUUCGACUACUCUAUGGUCGAAUGAUCUCUAAGGCUGGUUCGGCCGCCGCUGGCCAAGCCGGUAGACGAAAGACCAUUCUUCGAACUAUCUCGCACCUCUCAGAGCAUGACUUUGGACUUUUCAUGCAGCUCUCCUUUGGUCCUCUUGCAAACGUGCAUGUUGUCAAAGCCAACGAUGAGUGCGAUCCGACUGCCUUCCAGGAAGAGUUGACAAGCCCAAGAAGACAGCUGGGUCUGCUUAAGCUGAUUGAUACUGUCUUUGAGACCCUUCAAACCCGUAUGACUGAAUUUGCAUCGCAGACGAUGGAUGUGGUUGUCUACUGUUUGGUGCGAGCAUGUCGGGCGAUUUACAACGAGGGUAGCGAUCGCCCAGAUGAACGCCUCUUGCCUGUGCUCCACAAUAUUCGUUCAGCGUGUAUUCGCUGUCUCAAUCUGGUCUUCUCGAUUGUCCCGAACCAGGAUUGGACUCCCUACGUCCGUAUCAUCUUCAAGGAGAUGAUCGACAGCAGACUGGAUCAGUUCCCUAUUGAGACAGCACAGGGUGUUUCAGGCCUUCUACGAUUGUUCUCCACCUGGGCCGCUGCCCCAAGGUCAACGUUCUACUUGGUGCAACACAAUGAGAAGGUCUUGACUAAGGUGAUUGACUGCCUCGCGGUCGAGUCUGCCCGCGAUGAAGUCAAGAACUUUAUCCUGGAUGAGGUUCUCAUACCGUUGGUUGAGCAGUCUACGGGUAAAAAGUUGCAGGAAACCGAAGAGAUGCCUGACUUCCCAGCCGAGCAAAUUAAAUCUGAAGUCCUCUCUCCCUACUUGGAGCACGCUCUCUUCCAUCUCGGUCGUCUUCUCAAGAGAGGCCCCUCGAAGCCCGUUCUUUACUCCGGAGUCAAUGCCCUUUCCCUGAUCGCCCCCUGCGUCGAAUCUUCCAAAGAGACCGCUAGUCUUGUCGGAAUUACGACAUAUAUGCUUCGUCAGCCCGCGGAUCGUGUCAGCCCCCGAACCAAGUCUGGUUUGUUAAAGAUUCUCGAACACUUUUUGCCCUUGUGGGACCCCAAGGAAGAUGCCGAGCUUGCCCAACAAGUGUUUGAUGCGGUGUGCUCGAUGUUCGACUACUUCAAGGAUGACGCGAACAGAGAAGUAUUGGCCCGGGUUUUUGGUGCUCUUGCUACGCAGGACGAGAACCUGAAGAUUGUUGCCGACUUGUGUGCAGAUCUAAACUCUCGCUCAACUAAAAGACUUGAACCCGAUUAUGCGAGACGUUUGCAGGCUUUCAGAAUAGUCAGCGACGAACUGUCUCAGACUUUGAGCGCGAGGCAGUGGAAGCCUCUUCUCUACAACAUGCUUUUCCAUUUGAGGGAUGAAGAUGAGCUUGCUAUCCGAUCCAGCGCCUCCUUUGGUCUCAGACGAUUCAUCGACAGAGCGUCCACGGAACCAGACGUAGACUUUGAGGCACUUAUUAAUGAUGUUCUGUUCCCCUCUUUGCAAUACGGCAUCCGUCAGAAGUCUGAACUUAUUCGCUCCGAGGUCGUCGCUGUCAUUGGUUACUUCGUCAAACUCAACCCCACCAGACCAUCUGUGCAGGACAUGCACGUUCUUCUCGUCGGUGAUGAUGAGGAAGCCUCUUUCUUCACCAACAUUCUCCACAUCCAACAGCACCGCCGGCAACGUGCAUUGCGACGUCUGGCUGGAGACGCAGCUCAAGGCAGCAUUCAGGCUACGAAUCUGGGCACCAUUUUCAUUCCCCUCAUUGAGCAUUUCAUCUUCGAGGAUGCUGCUGAUGAAAAUGCCCAUAACCUGAUUGCCGAAGGUGUUGCGACCCUUGGCGUUCUCUCAGAAUGGUUGGAAUGGGGUCAAUUCCGAGCAAACUUCCGGAGAUACCGCAGCUACAUGACAAGCAAGCCUGAAAAGGAGAAGAACAUUCUCAGACUGCUGGGCCGCAUGUCCGAUGCGCUGUCUAGCGCAAUGAACCGGAAGAAGGGGACAGAGAACGAGACUGAUGGUGAAGUUGACAAGAUGGAUGUUGUCGAGCAGCCCAUGUGCACGCUCGCCAAGAGUGUUCCUUCUCUUGCGAAGGUUUCAACGGAAUUGACCACAAACUUCAUUCCUUUCCUGACCAAGUAUAUCCACCACAAGCAGGAGAAGGAGAUGAGUAUGCGUCUGCCAGCGUCAAUUACGACGGUCAAGCUUCUCAAGAUUCUCCCCGAGGAAGAACUGGCUAUUCGUCUCCCGCCGGUCCUGCUGGAUGUCUGCACAACCCUCAAGAGUAAAGCACAGGAUUCUCGUGACACUGCACGCAAAACACUCAAUGAGCUCGCUCUCCUUUUGGGUCCUGUUUAUUUCGGCUACAUCCUCAAGGAACUUCGUAACGUUCUCGCACGAGGCUACCAGCUUCACGUUCUCUCAUUCACCGUUCAUUCCAUGCUUGUGACCACCACUGAUCACUUUAAGCAAGGAGAUUUGGAUUACUGUUUGAAAGAACUGGUUGCGGUCGUGAUGGAUGAUACUUUUGGCACAGUCGGCCAAGAAAAGGACGCCGAAGGAUACACCAGCAAAAUGCAGGAGGUUAAGAGCAGCAAGAGCUACGACUCUAUGGAGCUUCUUGCUAAGGUCUCAACUAUCAGCCAAUUGUCAAACCUGGUUAGGCCUCUGCAGGCACUCCUACGCGAAAAGCUCAAUUCGAAGCUCGUCAACAAGCUUGAUGAGCUUAUGCGAAGAAUCGGCAUCGGUCUUCUGAGAAACCCUGAUGCCGAAAGCCGCGAUAUGUUGGUCUUCUGCUACGAGGUCAUCAAAGAGGCCUAUCGGGAUAAUGCCCCAGAUGCGGGCCCAGCUGCGCCCAAGACCAGGUACGAGGAGCGGUUCUUGAUCCGAUUGCAAGGAGCCAAACGGGGCGAGCACAGGGGUACGACAUCUUCUCAUGUUUACAAGUUGACCCGGUUCUCGCUGGAUGUGCUUCGUGCUAUCCUCAACAAGUUCAAUUCGUUGUUGACAGCUUCUAACUUGUCGGGCUUCAUUCCCAUUAUUGGUGAUGCCCUUGUUCAGUCUCAGGAAGAAGUGAAGGUUUCUGCUCUCCGUUUGCUCUCCACGAUCAUCAAGCUUCCGCUGCCAGAAAUCGACGAGAAUUCACACGUCUAUUUCACCGAAGCAGUCAAACUUGUCAAGGAGUCUCCUAGCACCAACUCCGAAGCGGCACAGGCGUCCCUGAAGUUGAUUUCUUCCAUGCUACGUGAACGAAUGGACACCAAGCUCCGUGACGGACAUCUUGCAUACUUGCUCAAGCGUCUGGCCUCCGACAUUGAGGAGCCAGAUCGCCAAGGUGUGACUUUCAACUUCGUCCGCGCAGUCAUGUCCCGGAAGCUCGUCGUUCCUGAGAUGUAUGAGCUUAUGGACAACGUCGCGACCAUGAUGGUGACAAACCAGACCCGGUCUGCCCGGGAUCUUGCCCGCGGUACCUACGUCCAUUUCCUGAUCGAGUACCCGCAGGCAAAGAGUCGCUGGACCAAACAGCUCGCUUUCUUCGCAAAGAACCUGGAUUACAAGCAUCAGUCGGGACGGCAGUCUGUUAUGGAGGCGAUGCACGCACUCCUUUCAAAGACCGGCCCAGAAUUGGCACAGGAUAUCAUCAGCACCUUCUUCCUGCCUAUCGUGCUUGCUAUGGCGAACGACGAGUCACCGGAAUGCCGCGAGUUGGCGGGUACAUUGCUAGGAGAGUUCUUCAACCGUGCGGAUCGGGAGCAGAUGAAGACUAUCCUUACUCCCCUUCGGUCGUGGUUGGAGCAGACCAACAACAUGGCUCUAUGCAGUAUUGGAUUGCAGGCCAUGCGGAUCUACUUCGAGGCCGAGCAGACCGAGAAGGAUAAACAGGCUCGUUUCGUCAUUGAAAUCCUCCCCGGCUUGAUGCAGCCUGUUCUUGAUGACCAUGAGAAUGGCAAUUGGGAAGCUCUUUACUAUGCCCUGCAACUUUUCACAAAGCUUUGCAAGACGGCUUCCACGCUUGCUCUGAGCCCGGAAUGCGCUUCUAUCUGGACUUCCGUCCAAGAGUGUUUGUUCUUCCCCCACACAUGGGUCAAGACCUGUGCUGCAAACCUUGUAGGCUUGUGGAUGGCUGAUCUGGCCAAGACAAAUUCCACUGAUGGUUACGCUUCCCUUCCCUUGACUGGAAGUUCCGGUCUCGCCAUGGACAAGCCGGCCAUGCUGCAGCUUCUUCGUGCCAGUCUCCGAAGUUUGCGCACCCCGGGCAUUGCCGAGGAACUUGCUAUGCAGAGUGUACGCAAUACUGUCUUCCUUGGACGUUGCUGUUCCCAAAACGGACUCGAACUUCCAAAGCUGGCAGGCGAAGAUGUUGAAUCCGAAGAUGAGGACGAGGAUGAGGAUGCCGGCAGUGAAGCUGAAGCAGAGGCAAAGGAGGAAACUAAGGUGGAAUACAAUAGAUCUGCCAUCCACUACAUCUUUAAGCAGGUCUCCUCCCUUUUGCGGCGGGAAACUAUCUCCGGCCGAGCAAACGCUCUCAUCCCCAAGACAGCCUCUAUCACACUCCUUGCCGCGCUCAUCCGCCACAUCGAGGUUGAGCAGAUCCGUCCUUCUCUGCGCGUCAUUCUCAUUCCCCUCCAGCAUCUGACGGAUCCAUCCAUCCCGGCGCCACGCUCCUCGGAUGAGGCCUUCCAGAACACGUACAAGUCUCUCGUCUCCAACUGCCACGAGGUCUUGGAUCUUCUCCAGAAGAAACUCGGCACCACCGAGUAUGUGGAGCAGAUUUCUAGGGUUCAGGCGGCUAUCAAGGAACGUCGUGAAGGACGACGGGCGAAGCGUCGCAUCGACGCUGUUGCUGACCCUGAGAAGCACGGACGUGAUAAGAUGAAGAAGAACGAGCGGAAGAGAGACAAGCGCCGUGAGAAGGGCUUGGAGCACCGUGGAAAGAGACGCGGUUGGUAG